AUGACGACAGCGGCCGCGACGGCAGCUGGACCUCAGCGACGGCGGUCAGCACGUAUGGCGUCGACGUCGCUGGCCCGGUUCCGGUACCGCGAGGACGAUAGCUCCGACUCGGACAGCGGCGUGAAAACGGAGGAGCCCGAUGACAAUGACAACGACGACAGCGACCACAAACCCUCGGACGACGAGAGCAGCCUGUCCGAGCUGUCCUUCAAUAGCGACAUUGAAGACGCUGUGUCUGCACCAAGGAGGAAAGCGACAAGAGGUGCACGAACGAGAACGACAGCAGCCACGACCAAAACAUCGACAGGCUCUGCUGCGACAGGCAAACGAAAACGAGCAGCGACCACGACGACCAGGACGACCACGACGACCACGGCCACCGUAGUCACGAAAAUGCCUACCCACAAGAAGCGAAAUGGAGCCAACGGUGCCGUCAAGUCAGAAGACUAUGUCGAGGUCAAGCGGGAGAUCAAGGACGAGGAGCUGGGCGGGCAGGACCUUUCGUCCAUACAAAAAGCAGCAUCGCCACGCAAAGCCCGCAAGCCCGCACGUGUCAUCACGACCAAGGUCGUGAGCCAGCGUGAGGGCGAGGGCGAGGGCGGCGACGCAACGCAUGUCGAGCCGCCGACCGACUGGGAGCUGUUCUACGACCUCGUCAAGGAGAUGCGCCUCCCCGGCGGACCGGCCGCCAACGCCGCCGUCGACACCAUGGGCUGCGAGCGCCUUGCCCUCGCGUCGGCCAGCCCGCGCGACCGGCGCUUCCACACCCUCGUCGCCCUGAUGCUGAGCUCCCAGACCAAGGACACGGUCAAUGCCGUCGUCAUGGCGCGCCUGCAGGCGGAGCUCCCGCCCCACGCGCCGGGCGCGCCGCCGGGGCUCAACCUGGAAAACAUGCUCGCCGUCGACCCGACGCUGCUCAACCAGCUGAUCUGGCAGGUCGGCUUCCACAACAACAAGACCAAGUAUCUCAAGCAGGCCGCCGUCAUCUUGCGCGACGAGUACGGCGGCGACAUCCCGCCGACGGCCGAGGGCCUGAUGGCGCUGCCCGGCGUCGGGCCCAAGAUGGCGUACCUGUGCCUGGCCGCGGAGCACGGCUGGAACCGCGUCGAGGGCAUCGGCGUCGACGUGCACGUGCACCGCAUCACGAACCUCUGGGGGUGGCAGAAGCCCGGAUCGGCGGCGGCCAAGACGCCCGAGGGCACGCGCCUGGCGCUGCAGAGCUGGCUGCCGCGCGACAAGUGGAAGGAGAUCAACUGGCUGCUGGUGGGCUUUGGCCAGGCCGUGUGCCUGCCCCAGGGCGCCAAGUGCGGCGACUGUACAUUGGGCCUGCGCGGGCUGUGCCGAGCAGCCAACCGCAAAAAGGUCAACGAAGGACGCAAGAAACGGCGCGAGCUGGGCUUGGACGUCCCCGGCGGAGACGAGGACGGUGUCAUCAAAGACGAAGUCAAGGAGGGGUAG